CUGACCGAGUGACGAUCCCAUAGGCUUUGGAUGUUCCCACAGGCUGACCUGAGAGGAUCUUCAGUCUUAGCAGAUUUGAUACUCGGACUUGCUUGGAUUUUUCUGUCUUAAGCUCAGCUGGCACAAUGAGCGGCGGCGGGACAAGCGCAGAGCCGCCCCAGGCGUUCAAACGGGCCGUGAAGAAGAUCAAAUGUGCCGCCAUGGUGGCCAACCUGGCCAAGAGCUGGCAGGGGUGGGCUAGUGAUCACGCGGACAAGCAGGACGCCAUCCCCAGCGGCUGGAUGCCUUCCUCUCUGGACCAGCAGGACAAAAAAGAGCGUAACCAUGUGGUCAAGCUUACUAUUACGCCCCGUGUGGUCGCUGAGGACACUAGUGACACGGCUAGUGCCAUCAGAACCGGCUCUGUCACCAAGACGGUGCAGCCCAAGCGCAGCGAGUGCAGCAGCGGCGGAGAUUUGGUCAGCGCCAUCCGAGGCAAGAUGGAAGCGGCCCCCGAGGAAAGCAAGCCCUUUUUGGGCAACGAGUCACCGACGCGGCGCCGGCACUUGAGGGCGCUACAUGGCGCUGGAGGAGGCGUCAUCCAUGACAGGAAGUUGAUGCUGCAAGACAGGAACUCCAGGAGCAGCAGUCAAGACACGGAGGACAGCGGACUGGGGGAUGAGACGACAUCUGGCGACAACGGCAGCGACGCAAAGACCGAAACAACCGACGUCAAAAAACAGACCAGCAGACCCAAGAUUAAGAUCACCACCACGGGCGACAUCAAGAGCCGCUGGCAGCAGUGGUCCGAGCAGCACGUGGAGGGCCAGAAGCUCAACCCCUUCAGCGAGGACUUUGACCACGACUACGCCAUGAGCCAGCGCCUACGCAAGGGCGAUUGUGGCUACGGGCGCCCCAAAGAGGGUUCCAAGACGGCCGAGCGGGGCGACCGGGCCCACAGGCACAUCCACAGGGAGAUGGAGGAGAUGGUGUGGAUCAUCAGAGACAUGGGUUUCAAGGACCGAGACGGCAGGUCUAUGGUCACGUUCGGACGGCUAUUCGACCGCUACGUGAAGAUCUCGGACAAGGUGGUGGGUAUCCUGCUCCGCUGCCGCAAGCACAAGAUGCUCCACUUUGAAGGCGAGAUGCUGUGGAAAGGACAGGACGAUCACGUCGUCAUCACGCUGACGGACUGACGCCGUGGAAGAAACCUUUUCGGUGGAAACUUUAGCGUGCGAGCUGCUAGCGUUAGUUUACCUCUAAGGUCGUACUGUUUGACCAAACUUAAAAUACCUCUAAGGUUGCACAAAAUCUCAUGAGACUUGAAGACUUGACCUUUACCCCCAACCCCCCAUUUUAGGAAACGGGUUAGUGAAUUAGAGUUUGGGUUCGGUUCAGGUAAGGUUAGAGUCAAGAUUUAGGGUUUGGGUAAAAGUAAGGGUAAACCUUUGGGUUAAAAUUGGGGUGGAAUAAGAGUAAGGGGUUCAGGUUGGAGUAAGUGUUGGGUUAGAGUUCGGUUUUAGGGUGAAGUGUAUGGAUUCGGGUUGGGGAUUAGGGGUUAGAAUUGGGGUUAGAUCGGCUAAGAGUGAGGGUUUAGGGUAGCAUUAGAGUUAGCGUUAGGUUAGGAUGAGGGUUAUGGUUUCGAGUUCAGGUUAAGGUUACAGAUUCGGGUUAGGGAUGAGAGUGAGCAUUUAGGGUAGCGUUACAGUCAGGUUAGGAUUUAGGGUUAGGGUUUCAGGUUAGGGAUUAGAGUCAGGGUUGGAGUUGGGUUAGAGUUACAGGUUUAAGAUUAGGGAUUAGGGCUGGGUUAGGAUGAAGGUUAUGGUUUCGAGUUCGGGUUAAGAUUACAGAUUCGGGUUAGGGAUGAGAGUGAGCAUUUAGGGUAGCAUUACAGUCAGGUUAGGAUUUAGGGUUAGGGAUUAGAGUCAGGGCUGGAGUUGGGUUAGGGUUGGAGUUACAGGUUUAAGAUUAGGGUUAGA